UCUUUCACUCUCUCUUUCAAUUCAAAUCUCUCAGAAGCAACAGACGCCACAGCCUUCUUUCACGUUACCUCCUGUGUCCCGAGAAGGAAAAGAAGAAAAGAAUCGAAUGGCGCUUCCGAACCAACAAACUGUCGAUUAUCCAAGCUUCAAGCUUGUCAUCGUUGGUGAUGGUGGUACAGGAAAGACGACUUUUGUUAAACGGCAUCUUACUGGAGAGUUUGAGAAGAAAUAUGAGCCGACUAUUGGUGUCGAAGUUCAUCCAUUGGACUUCUUCACGAACUGUGGGAAGAUCCGGUUUUAUUGUUGGGACACUGCUGGCCAAGAGAAAUUUGGUGGACUAAGAGAUGGAUAUUAUAUACAUGGACAAUGUGCUAUCAUUAUGUUUGAUGUCACAGCUCGUUUAACAUACAAAAAUGUUCCCACAUGGCACCGGGAUCUCUGCAGGGUGUGUGAGAAUAUCCCUAUUGUUUUAUGUGGAAAUAAGGUUGAUGUCAAGAACAGGCAAGUGAAAGCAAAGCAGGUCACAUUCCACAGGAAGAAGAAUCUCCAGUACUAUGAGAUCUCUGCGAAAAGCAACUAUAACUUUGAGAAACCUUUCCUCUAUCUGGCUAGAAAACUUGCUGGGGAUGCUAACCUCCACUUUGUCGAGUCUCCAGCUCUUGCUCCGCCUGAAGUUCAAAUCGACAUGGCAACACAAGAACAGCAUGAAGCUGAGUUGGCGGUAGCUGCAGCACAGCCUCUCCCUGAUGAUGAUGAUGACGCAUUCGAGUAGAUCCCUAGAUUCUCCUUUUUUCUUCCCCCUCCCCACCUCUUUCUUUACUGCAGGUUU